UUGGGAGACACAGUACCUGGAAGUACCAAAGACACCACCAAAACUGACUCCACACAAAACGAUUCUGACAAAGGGCUCAUUAAUUUAGACUUGCUUAAUACGAAUGAUCCUGACAACGUUUUAAAACUUGAUAUUGGUGAUCAAGAAGUACUCGGUAUUGGUUUGGGAGGCACAGUAACCGAUAGUAGCAAAGAUACCACCAAAAUUGACUCCACACAAAAUGAUUCUGACAAAGGGCUCAUUAAUUUAGACUUGCUUAAUACGAAUGAUCCUGACAACGUUUUAAAACUUGAUAUUGGUGAUCAAGAAAUCCUCGGUAUUGGAUUGGGAGGCACAGUACCUGACAGUACCAAAGACACCACCAAAACUGACUCCACACAAAACGAUUCUGACAAAGGGCUCAUUAAUUUAGACUUGCUUAAUGCGAAUGAUCCUGACAACGUUUUAAAACUUGAUAUUGGUGAUCAAGAAGUCCUCGGUAUUGGAUUGGGAGGCACAGUACCCGAUAGUAGCAAAGACAUCACCAAAAGUGACUCCACACAAAAUCAUUCUGACAAAGGGCUCAUUAAUUUAGACUUGCUUAAUACGAAUGAUCCUGACAACGUUUUAAAACUUGAUAUUGGUGAUCAAGAAGUCCUCGGUAUUGGAUUGGGAGGCACAGUACCUGACAGUAGCAAAGACACCACCAAAACCUACAACACACAAACCGAAAAUGACAAAGGGCUCAUUACUUUAGACUUGCUCAAUACCAAUGACCCUGACAACGUAUUAAACCUUGAUAUUGGUGAUCAAGAAAUCCUUGGUAUUGGAUUGGGAGACACGUGA